AUUAAUUGUUUAGCGUAUAACAUUAGGUUAGCAAAGUCAGCAUCACAAUCACAAAGAAAAAAAUAGCAAAAUGGUGUGUCACAGAAAACAGACGUAAUACUGAAAAUAUACAAAUGUUUAAAUUUAUAGUGGUUAAACUCUCAUCGAAUGAUUGUCAUUAUGUGAAUAAUAGCACGCGAAAAAUUUGUAAAUUUAAAUAAGUACGUGUCGUUUGUAGGAAAGAAAGAAAAUCAACGACGAAGCUCAUUCAACAUCGUUCGCGUUGUCAUCUCGACCUCACAAAUGACCUGUAUUUUAUUUGUUUGGAGUGCAAGUGUUGACUGGUAGGUAUUUUAAUUGAAUGAUGAAAUGAAAGAAUGAAACGUGACACUAUUAUAACCUGCGUGGAGCCAAAUCACAGAGUAAGAACGAUGACCACAGUACUUGAUGGCAGCUACCAACAACUUAAUCCUUACUCUGCUGAAAAUGGAGAUGGUGAAGGUGAUGAUCCAGACGAAACGCCACAUGGAUCUGGUGUUAUGAUUCAUGUAGUUCCAGAAGGUGGAAAAUCACGAUGGAAUCAUAUAGAAGAUUUAGAUUCAUUUUUUACUAGAAUGUAUCAUUAUCACCAAAAACAUGGUUUUGCUUGUAUGAUGUUACAAGAAAUUUUAGAACUUAGUCAAUUUAUUUUCGUUGUUGGAUUUUCAACUUUCCUGUUCCAUUGUAUAGAUUAUUCAGUACUCUUUAAGGAUAAAGUAAUAGUUAAUCCUUCGCACAAGACAUCAAUAAGUGAUGCAAUAUUAUCAUCUAAAGAAAUUUUAGCGUCAAUGGGAUUGGUGACGUGGAUAUGUAUUUUAAUAGCUGCUAUUUUUUGGAUAUUACGUGCUGUUAAAGUUUUAUAUCAUUUAACACAAUUUUGGGACAUUAAAAUGUUUUUCAACAUAGCAUUAAAAAUUGAUGAUAAUGAUCUCGAUAAUUUAACGUGGCAUGAAGUUCAAAAACGUAUUAGGGAGGUACAGAAAGAUCAAGAAAUGUGUAUCCAUAAACGAGAAUUGACUGAAUUAGAUAUUUAUCAUAGAAUAUUGAGAUUUAAAAAUUAUAUGGUGGCUAUGAUUAAUAAAUCACUUCUACCCGUUAGACUAAAAGCUCCAUUUAUUGGUGAAUUUAUUUUUAUGACACGAGGAUUAAAGUAUAACAUGGAGUUGUUAUUAUUUUGGGGUCCAUGGUCACCAUUUGAGAACAAUUGGCAUCUCAAAGAAGAUUAUAAAAAAUUAAAUAAGAGACAAGAACUCGCAAGAAUGUUAUCUAAACAAAUUUUGUGGGUUGGAGUAGCUAAUUUUAUAUUAUGUCCUCUUAUAUUACUAUGGCAAAUUUUAUACUCAUUUUUUAACUAUGCUGAGGUAAUUAAAAGAGAACCAGGAACAUUGGGAACACGAAUGUGGUCUCUGUAUGGUCGUCUUUAUUUACGACACUUCAAUGAACUAGACCAUGAACUAAAUGCACGUUUAAAUCGUGCUUAUCGUCCAGCAUCAAAAUACAUGAGUAUAUUCACGUCACCUGUAAUGACAGUGAUUGCUAAAAACGUUGCCUUUAUUUGUGGAAGUAUUCUCGCAGUCAUACUUAUUCUCACAGUAUAUGACGAAGAUGUUUUAACAGUCGAACACAUGCUAAUAACUAUGACAAUUCUCGGAGUAAUAGUCGCUGGGGCGCGUGCGUUCAUUCCAGAUGAAAAUCUUGUUUGGUGUCCAGAAACACUUCUUACGGCUGUUUUAGCACACACGCAUUAUAGACCAGAUAGUUGGAAAGGUCACGCUCAUACACAAACAACGCGAGCACAAGUCGCCCAGCUAUUUCAAUACAGAGCAGUACAUUUAUUAGAAGAAUUAUUAUCACCACUUCUUACGCCAUUCAUUUUAUGUUUUUACAUGCGCCAACGAUCUCUUGAUAUUGUUGAUUUUUAUCGGAAUUUUACAAUCGAAGUAACUGGAGUUGGCGACGUAUGUAGUUUUGCUCAAAUGGAUGUCAGAAAACAUGGACAUCCUAUGUGGCAAACUCUUCCUGUUACUCCUGAGGAGGAUCGUACCGAUGGCUAUAAUAAUAUUUAUGGUGGAGAGCGCCAUACUCUUCAUAUUCCAAUUUCUAAUCAAUAUACUCAAGCUGAGGAUGGAAAAACAGAGUUAUCACUGAUACACUUUACUUUAACUAAUCCCGAAUGGAAACCACCGAGUCAUGCUGAAACAUUUGUCACAGCCUUACGGGAAAGAGCUAAAAAAGAUGUUGACAUUGUACCGGGUGAUAUUAAUCCACUGAUGGCUAGUCUGAAUAGUCUUUCCAGUCUUGGACCAGGAUAUAAUGAUAUCGUGGCCAACAUAAUUUGUAAUACAGUAGUUAAUCAUGUAAGCGUUCCAAGUAUGAGCAAUAUUUUUGCAAAUCAAUCAGCAGCGACAACGUCAGCCGAUGCCGAUUUGUCAGGCAAUCGUUUUGAUUGCAUGUCAAGUCUUGUAAAAAGAGGCAUGACUAAAGCUGAAGGUCCACUGCACAACGAACGAAGUCUUCUUUAUGGUUUGCAGCAAGGAAUAUCUAAUCAAUCUCUUGGCGCUUCUGUAUUCGGAUCCGGCCAAAAGUUAACACCUGAUUUUUCAGUUCCUAUCGAAUUUACUGCAGCUGAUAUGUCCUUAUCCACUUUGUACCUGCAUGAGCUUCAUCAUAAACAAAUAAGGAGAAGAGGUUACCAAGAAAUGGCUACAAGAAGUUUAUGGCAACGGAGCCCAGUUCAAGAACUGUCUACAUUAUCUGAAGUAAGACAAGAAAGAGCGCCAUUAUUGCAACAUCAAGAUUCUUCAAUACGACCGACACGAGACUCAUAGUAUCAUAAAAUAAUUUAAUUACUUACUAAAUUAUUGGUGCAAUCCUAAUUAUCUCAAAUUAAUAAAAUAUUUUUAUUGACACACAA